AUGGUUGUUGACGAGAAAUUCCCAGUGCAGUGGCACAAAUCCACCAUAUUCGCGACUUUCUGCGUCGCAGCCACCGCCUUCACCUGUCCCGGUAUCUUCGGCGCUCUCAAUGGUAUGGGUGCAGGAGGUGGCGCAAGCCCGGACAUCUCAAAUGCUGCCAACGCUAUAGUGUUUGGAGUACUCGCUGUCUUUAGUCCAAUUGUAGGUGCGGUGGCUAACCGCAUCACGCCGAAAUAUGCCCUGCUGAUUGGGACUCUGGGGUAUACGCCCUAUACAGCCGGGCUGUACUGUAAUGAUCGCUUCGGGACGAACUGGCUGCUUCUUUUCGGAGCAGCGCUGCUUGUGUCCGUAAAAUUCGGCCUGCAAGCCCUCGGAGCCUCGAUUGGCGGCAUCAUAAGCCUAGCCCUCAACCUCGAGAAGUCCUGGCGCGGCUCUGUCAGUAAUGCAACCUACAUCGUCCUCAUGACCAUCAUGACCCUCGGCUUCCCCUUCGCCCUCCUCCUCCCCUCCGCCUCGCGUGUCCAGCGCACCGACGGCCGCAAAGUCGUCUUAACGAAGCAACCCUCCAUCCUAAAGGAAUUCAGCGUCUUGAAAAAGAUACUCAAGCGUCCGGCUCUACUAUCGCUCUUCCCACUCUACCUCUAUUCGCAGUGGUUCUUGUCUUAUCAGUGGCAGUUCAACUUCGCCUACUUCACCGUCCUCGACUGGACACGAUUUUCGCGCAAGACACGCGCAAAGAUUGGAUUUGGCAUCGUCUUAGUCACGUCGGGGACGUCAUGGAUUCUCGGCCAAGCUCUUCAGGCGCAUUACACGAAGACGAAGCCGACGUUGGACUGGGCUAACGAUGGGUACGGUCUCGGUGCGUUUCUGUUCACUCUGUGGGGCGCUUCGGAUCCCUUAAUCACCACGUAUCAAUACUGGCUCUCAGGUACUCUGACCAAUGAUCUGAAUGAGACAUCGUUUUUGGCGGCCGUCAUUAACACAGUCGGCUGCGUAGGGUCGACUUUUGGGUUCGUUGUAUCAGCAUUGGACGUUGAUUAUGAUGCGGCCUGUGCGAUCAAUACCGGACUUUUCUUCGCUUCCAUUCCGUCUCUAGCUUGGGUUGCAUUUACACAAGCUGCUUGUGCCUCUGAUGGGUUUAUACUUUGUAGACGGAUGAGUGAUUGUGUAGGUAUUGACCGCACAUUGUUAGUGGGUCAUACCGAGCCGCUUAGCCACAAACUCAGGUUUGCUUAG